AUGCAUUUGGAGUACGGGAGCCAGAGCGCCCCCGACCCUCGCGCGCCCCCGCCGUCAAUCAACGCCCCCCGCCCGCGCCGACUGGGCGCGGAGGCGCGGCCCUGGAAGGGGCGGGACCGCUACCGCGGCGCGUCCGGGGCCCCCAACACCCGCCAGCUCCGCCAGGUUGCGGGCAUUCUGCCCUCGCCCGCGCGCUCCGGUCCCGAGGGCACGACCGAGCGUGGCCCGUGCGUGGCGGUGCGGGGAGCGGCGCCGUCCGGGGCUGGGUCCGUCUCGCUUACCUCUCGGGCGCCGUCGCCGCCGCUCCUCCGCCGCCUCAGCCGCCGCUCUUUGUUCCCCCUUCGAGCGCCACCGCGUCGGCCGCCCGCCUCAGCCUCCCGGAAGGGCCGCCACUACGCCUUCCCGCCCUCUCGGCCGCCGGCCUCGCCCUCCUCGCUGCGCCCACCGCCGCCUUCGCCUCCGCGCCGCCGACGCCGCCGACACCGACGCCGACGCCUCCUCCUCCGCGCCCCCCUCGUUUUCAUUGAAAGCAAACAAGCAUCAUGGCGGCAGCCGCCUCCCCCAGCCAGCGAGCGCCCCGACCGCCGCCGCCGCUCCAACAUCCGGGCCGCCCAUUGGCCGCCGCCGCCGGGCGCGACCAUUUGGCCCCGGGGGGGGGUCGCUCCACGCACGCCGCUGCCCAGGCCCCGCCCCUUCACCCCCGCGCUGGGGGCGGUGAGCCGCCCCGGCGCGCUCCGCGGCCGGCGCUCCCGCCUCUCCUCCCGCUUUGCUCGCUGCUCUUUUGCCGCGUCGUGUCUUUCUGCUCUUAACGCCGCCCCGUCUUUCACCCAGCUCUUUUUCUGUCUCGGACUGUCCGCUCUUAUCUCCCGUCUUCCCUCAGUUUUCCCGAUCUUUCUCUCUUUCGUUGGGCCUGUCAAUCACGUGGAAAUAGGGAUAAGCUUUCAGACUUGUGACCUUAGCCGGUAUCUUGAUCUGCCUAAAGAUGAGACAGUCCAUCGUGAACAGUCGCAUAAUUCUUCCUGCCUCAAAUGUGCAGAAAAAGUUAACUCAUGACUCGAGUCGGUCCAUUAAUCGUCAUUAAAUCCAGUAAAUUAAGGGACAAGUUUGCUGGAAUAAAUGGGCCCUUGGCUGCCUUCGAAGAACCAGACAUUCUAUUCAAAGGGUGAUUGAAGGUGAGCAGAGAAAGACAGAGCUGACUGACGAUGCUUGCAUCAGGACACAUUAAUUGAUGGUGGAGGCCCUGUGCUGGGGCCAAGGCCUAGAGAUUAAUCAGGCGCACCCUGCCCCAAGUGAGCUCAGAGAUCAGGGGCAAGAGAGACACCCAACAGACUGCUAAUAAUAAUCCAUUAGCGAAGCAUGUGGCGGGGCAUGGUGUGAGGGAGUAGGGACAGCUACCUGUCCGCCUACAUGGCAAACUAAGGUGGGCUCCUGGCUCUUUCCUGGAAGAUCAACCGUGAAGAAGUGAGUGUGACACCAGUCCCAGGAACUAACAAUAACAAAGAAGUGAGACACCCCUCACUGAAGUCUGAGCUAGAAGAGAUGGGAGAUGGGUAGCUGUCGCUGGAGCAAAGGAGAGCUGGAAGAGCAAGGAAAAGGUCAAGGGGCAAAGGCUGUUUGAGCUCUUCCCAGCAUGGCCUUGGGAGGCCAUUACCUAACACGUGUCAAGAGAUCAGCAGUGUCAACACAGUCCUGUAGAGCCAGGGGACACUGGACAAGUGCAGGGCAAGACAAAAGGCCAGCAAGGCAGAUUAUGCUGGACAUCUUACAAAGCAAGGGCUCCAAAAGGGAAGAAGUAGAAGCUGCCAGACCUUAUGAAGAAUGUCACUUCCUCUGUAUUCUGUUGGCCACAGCAGUCACCAGCCAAGUCCAGAUUCAAGAGAAGAAGACACAGGACACAUAAGCAACACAGAAGCAGCAUGCACAUACAGGGAGAGCAGAUUUAUUUGGAGCCAUUUGUCACCAACGGUGGCCCUGCCUGUGCACAUCCUGUUCUUUCUGAAUACCUGAGUGCCUCUCACCUUUCCAGAUCCACAUCAAAGUACCUCUCAUGUUAGGAAAGACCUCCCAACUCCCAAAAGGCUUAUGCAGGAAUAGGUUUUUAGGUUAUAAAACACCAACUCAAACAGGCUUUAUGCUGAAAAAGAUAAUUUAUGUGUGCAGGGUGUCACAUAACUGAAAAGGUCACGCACGCAUCAUGUCAUCAAGAAUGGAUCUCCUCCACCCUCAGCUGCACUGCCCCCCCCCCCCACUGGCUUCGUCAUGCAAAAUUUCUGACCAUACAGGAAAGACAGCCACUAGCUUCUGCAGGCUUAGAUUCUACCACCUUCUUGACUUGGAUAGAAAGAGUACCCCGUGCCCAUUCAUUCCAACAGAAAACCCAGGGCAGGCUCUCAUUGGCCUGGCUUGAGCCCUGACUCUAUCCCUGCAGCAAAGUAUGAGGUCAGCCCCACAUGAGCCAGAGGGUUUGAGAGUGGGGAAGUCAUGAUUCCUCAUGGAGACUGGGAGGAGGCCAGAA